UGAACGCACUGUCAGCCUGCGCAUAUUUUUUAUGACUGCAGCGCUGCCAUGCAUGCAUAGUCGUGCCUCUGUUGGUGUGCAGAAUGUUGAAAUUUCAAGCAGUUUUUGUAGGAGAUGUGGCAAGAGAUGUUGAAGAAAUAGAUGGAAAACAAGAGGUACUGCUUGGGUGAAAGUGUGGGGAAACAGAAGCUGAGGAUAAAAUAGCAGGGGAAAAGGCACUGUGAUUAGAGAGAGAGAGAGAGAGAGAAAGAGAGAGAUUGUAAGGCGGAGGAAGAGGAGGAGGCAGAAGAGGCGAUCUGCUGAAGGGAACCAGCAGAGCUGCUGAUUUUACCAAAACCCUCUGCAGCUGCCUUCUGUUGCUGUGGAGAUGGGCUGUUGGCUCUCUGGACCAUGGAUGGGUGACCAAACGAUGAGUGGGCGGAGUCUAGCACACCUAAGCCAGCGGGAUGCUUUGAGGAUUAUUGCUGCGAGUCAGCGCCCCAUCACCUUGCAGAUCAAGGGCCAGAGGAGGCGGGGCAAUGAGGGAGACAGGGGAUCCUGGGAACCCCUGCCGCUCAACCUGCAGCACCUCAACCUACCACUUCCAAUGAGGGGGGCAGGAAUUAACACAUCUAGUCCCUCCUACCCAGACAGACAUUAUUAUGGCCAUCUGUCUCUGCCACAAGAUCACUGUGAUGGAGGACGGUACAGCUAUAUGUCUAGCUCCCCACGGGACACUGUGGAAAUCAACCAUCAGGAUCUUGAACUCGCCAGACGUCGACAAAAAAGGAAAAAUUGCCUGAUGGGAUGUUGCAAUCCUGAUUCAGAUGAACCAACAACCUGCCACAGCCAGACUGAUGAUGAGGACUUCAUCUUGGAGAAGCCAUUGGGUUACAUGCCCCUUCAUCAUGAGCUGGACAGUGGUCUGGGCUGGACAGAUGGCUCCCUCCAUCAGGGUGAUCUCUCAGGGCUGGAGACAGAGGAGGGAGGUCUGGAAGACUGUCAUCCCCAUGGAAACUUUGCCACUGCUGGGUGCGGGGGGUUCGGAGGUGGAGGCUCUCCGUCCUCAGAGUCUUUCAUCUCCUCGGAGCUCAGCGAUUCAGGCUUCUACAGUGUUAGCACUGGGGAGUUCAGACACUUCCAAAGGCUCCUAGAGAAGAGGAUGCGUCUGUACAAUGCCAGGAUGCAACAUCAGGGUGAACCAUGCGAGAGACGCGAGAGGCGUGACAGCUGCCCCAAGAGCCACAGAGAGCUGCUCGAGUCGAUACCAGAGGCCCUGACGAUGCAGCCCCCAUGUCAGCACCUGCAACAUGGGAUGGAGGAUGGAGGUGGGUCAGUCAUGGACGUCCAGCCUCGUGGACUUUUCAGGGUUUCAUCGGUCCAGUUCCAUAAAGCUGACCGACCCUGUCUGAACCGCCACAGCUCUAGCAGUGGAGCUCUCUUCAACCCCUCUCAUGCCGCAGUCCCACGUAUAAAUGCACCGAUCCUAUCCACCUGCAGCACACCCUCCAGCCAUCGAAGACCACAAAUACCCAUGCAGCAGCAGUAUAACCACCAGGGUUCAAGCUCAGUAGGCAUGCUGAGGAGGAGCAGAACCCUACAUCAUCGACCGCCUCCACAGGAAUACCGCCGCCGGGCCAGCCACCCAGCAUCACCUUCCUAUUGUGCUGCAACUCUGCACUACUGCGGAGGUGUCACGCCACACAACGUCCUUCCACCAGGCCUGCCAGAGGAAGGUGAGCUAGAUGCUGGUGUGAUGGCUUCCCACCCAACAGGCAUGGCCCUAUCACCCCAACAACACCCAGCUGCUAUGGGACACGUCAGGGGCACCAACACCAGUGAGCGAUGCUAUGACAACUCGGGUGGUCAGAUCACACAAAAUGACUGGUGGCACACUCAAGAUAGAAGCUUAAUGCCUGAGCCAGCGAUGGCAGAAAGAGAGAGGGAGAUGGAGAGGGAACUGGAACAAAAGAGACAACUACAAAAGGAAAAGGAGAUUGAAAGGGAAAGAGAAAUUGAAAGAGAGAGGGAGAGGGAAAGAGAGACAAAGCUUCAGGAGGAGAAGGAAAGAGAAAGGCAACUGGAGCUGGAAAGGAGCAGAGCUAGAGAACAGCAGCACCUCCAGAGUCAUGUCCUCCCACUCCAGGCUGGAGACGUUAACUGACACCUGGCCAAAGCCGGCCAGUCGCCAGUCCUACGGAGGUGGAGGAGGUAGAGGUCUCUACAGCACUUUAGAGGGCCACACAGGGGUUGGAACUGCUGCUGAAUGUGAGGCAAAAAAUGGACACAUAAAUGCGAACUCAAGUCAUAAUGCCGGUUCCGGUCUGCAGGCAAAACCAAACCCAAGCUCUAGACCUAACACAACCUCACGAGUCACAAGGAGCCAGUUGCUCAGAGAUCGAGCUCAUCAGCUGGCAGAUGAACGAAGUGGAAUGAGCACUGAUGAAGAGACCAACACUGACAUGCUGCUGGGUCGCUACUUGGAGUAGAACAGAGAGGAGAGAACACUUCCUGCUGGCUCGGGAGCAAAAGCAGCAACAGCUGUUGGCCAGAGGCGGGCCUUUACGAGAAGCCGUUAGCCGGGGAGCAGCAUCUAUAGGAGACUGGAGGCUUAAUAGAAAGCAGGGGAGUUGGACCUUUUGCUGAGGGGCGAUGCAAAACUGUCCUGGAGCUGAGUCAACGGAAGCUGAGUCGUCUGAGGAACAGAAAGCUGUUGGAUGACUGGACAACCGUAGAGGAGCUGCUGACUCAUGGGACCAGGUUGGACAACCAGGAGGACAUGUUGUGUCCCAAGCUCCCUGUUGACAGUCACCACUGUCUAACUGGACAAACACAAUCUCUAGUUUAACCUCUGAGUGUGUGUGAUGUUAAACUAAUAAUAUAAUAUUAUGUGAAUCUGCCUGUUCCGUCUUUCUCAGAGUUAGACAAGAACAUGGAUGUCAGCUGAAGUAGGCAUCUAGUAGAGAAAGAGAUUUUGGGAUUGGUGGAAGGGCCACUUAGACUUGGAGUGAAAACAAACAAUGUGAAAGAAAAUCACCAAUGUCUCUUCAGUCUAUUCCAGGCAGGUGUCUUUCACCCAAUGGAACUGAAAAUAUAAAGCUGUCUUGGGUUUCUUGCGUCACUUCAAUUAGACAUGUUUGGAAUCAUCAGUGGGUUUAUAAUACCGUUUUUAAAACAGGAAAUACCAAAAGUCUGACAGCCACCCUCAAUUCAGUUUUUUUCCCACUGCACUUCAAUAUCCCUCAAUAACCCCAUGAGAGUAUGGCUGAUAAUUGUGAUAUGGUUCAAUGCCCAGGCACUGGGCACUGAGUUGUGUGGGGUCAGGAGCACCUAACAACAAAAAAGCAUGUCAGUUCUAAUCAAACCAGAUUUAUGUUGAUUUUUGCAUGUACAGUCAAUGGGCAGUGCAGAAGUUGAUAAUUCUGGUUGGUGUCUGAUUCCCAGCUUUCAAUAUAGAGCAAAAUUAAAAGGACUAUUUAUGUAAAGUUUACAAUAUUAAAAAACAUGGACUAUGUUACUCUACCCUGAUGCAAACUCUUUGAAACACAGUUUGUUGAAUGUUUGCUUUAUAAAAUUAGUAGGAUUGUUAGAUUUCUAUAAACUAUACAACUCUAUCCAGCAGUGGGGGGUUGAUGUGAGGUGUAGAUAGACAGGCUUCCCCAGGGCUCAAUUAAUGCAAGAACCAUCACUGCUUGACUGUUUUCACAGAUUGUCAAAUAUUAUUUUUCCGGUGACAUUUUUAGUGGAUUAUGAGCUGCUAGUAAAAUUUUAGGGGACUUUAUUUAUUAACUAAUUACUUCCACUAUCUGAAGUGCAAAGAUAAAACUGACAUCCAUUCUCUAAUCUCUCUGUGGAAGACAGGAAGCAAGAUACUUCACACAAUUGUUGUAUUGUUCUGUUAGCAAAUAUGUCUGAAAGGGAAAACUUUACUCUCAUUGCUUUGCUUCACCUCAAUUGAUAGCUUUACGUGUGGGUGUGUGACCACUGUACAGCACUCCGGACAAAAUGUGUGAGUCAGUGCAUGACGCUUGAAAUGACAAACAAAUGAGCAAGGUCAUAUGAGCUGGUGUAUGUUUGCGCCAUGUGAUUCAUGCUACAUCCAAUGCUAAGUAUAUUUUACUGAAUUUUUUAAACAUUUACAAAUAUUUGGGUUUGAACCUCUAACAGGCCAUGGGAUAUUUGGAGAGCAAUACUAUUCUAGGUGUAUUUUUCUUGUCUGUGCACUUAAAACAAAUUACAAAUUCCUUUUAUAUAAAUGGCAAAGAUACAAAUAAACUGUAGCAAAGCAGACAAUGACAACUUGGAGAUUUGAUACAAAAUCUUGAGAAUUUUAUCUUUUUUGAGAUAGUAACAGUUUGUUUAAAAAUAAUCAGUAUGAUUUUGUGCAACAAAAAUAAAAGUGUGUGAAUUAGUGGUAAGUAACAGUUUUUCAUGUAGAAGGUUUGAUGCUCAACUUUAAUCUGUUAAAUCAUAUGUUGCAAUGCUUGGCCAGGACUUUAUGCUGCACUCAUGUUACUUAAUUUCAAUCUAAUCUACAUGCAUAUUCCCCACUUUAAGAAAUCUAAUUAAGUGAUUUGGAGUCAAAGCACUCAUUAGUAAAAGUAGUGUUAUACCGAUCACUAUUUUUAUUUAUCUCUAAUUAGAAUCUACUAUCAGGACUGAUUUAAAUGUUCAGAUAAUUACCAGGACUACACUAUUAGUAGCGUUAAUUGUUAAUAUUAUAAUUAUCAUGUCGCUUGCUGCUCCUGCUAUUUUCAGCAACCAGCGUCUUUUACCAGCAAUUUAAAACUAAAUACACUGCUGCAACUGGACUGGAAUCUGGUAGAAUUAGAAAAAUAACUACAUACCACUAAUAUUUUAUUGAAUAGAAAACUGCUAAGUCAAAGACAUGAAUGCAGCAUAGAAUAGUUAGUCUACUUUACUGCCAGGAAUUUUAAAAUCAGCAGGAUGUUUACAGAUCUACGCAUAAAACUGUUUAUGCAUGUUUACUCAAAUCCUGAGUGGCAGUGACUGAGGAGAAGGGGUUUUUGAGAAAGGACGGUAGAAUUCUGAUAGACCUUACAUAUGGGAGGAUGUGCUGAUGUCCGCAGCGUCUGCUCUGCAGGAGGAGCUCCAGAGACAUUCCACUUCAAGCUGGUGACAGGUCCGCAGUUCAGGAACAAGUGCAAUAAUACCUCAAGUUAGUUUUAUCAAGGUAACAAGUGGUGUCGGCUUUUGAGCGAAUGCAGUAAUUUGUUUUAAAUCAAAACGGAUGCACAAAGUGAUAAGACACCACAAGUGCACAGUAAUCUUGGGAGUUUGCAGUGGCGACAGCUAAGGUCAUACAGAUAUUUACAGUGUUUUCCAUGGGAGGGACCUAAGAAGAAAAAAACUUUUUGCACAUCAUUUUUAUAUAAAAAGUUUUCCCUACCUUUCUGUACCAGGGACUUAGGCCAGUGGAACAACUGUAGAUAGAAUGACAGUGUUUGUUGAUGUUUUCUUUAUAAACUAUCAGUGAUUUAUGAAGGAAAAAAGUAGUUUAUUGUGGUUGUGUUGGACAUAUUUCAAUAUUUUUCUUGUGAUGGUUUCAAAACAAACGUGGACAGUUUUAAUGAUCUUUAAAUCUUUUAAUGCUAGUUAAGUCAUUUAAAAGCUAGUGAUAUUUUCAUUUACUUUUCUUAUGACGAGAACACACUAUAUAAAUAUUAUUGUCUCUUUAAAUGGAUUUUUGAAAUUGAAUUUACUGUUGUUUUGUGUCAUUAAGACAUGUACAUAUUGAUUUUGUCACAGUGCGACUGAGGGUAGAGUUUGAGGAUAUGAUGGUGCCAUCUGAUGCCUCCAGUGGUUUAUCAUGUGAUUCUGUAGACUUAUAGCUGUGUUGUGGAGGCUGUAUAUACAGCACAGGGAUAAAAAUUGUAUCAUCAGAAUAUUUAAAACAUCAUAUGUCCUUGUUCAUAGAUGGUAUUUUUGUUUGUUUCUAAAACUUAAGUGUGCUCUCCAUAGGUUGUCCAAUGUAAAGAGAAAUUCUAGUUUUCGGGUAUGAUUUUGAAAGAUUUUGUGCAUCUGACUGUUUUAAAUGAGGUUGAUGAUGUUUUUAUUUAUUCUCUCCAUCUUUGGAUAUUAGCUACUUUAUGAUAGUAACGGAAAUGAGAACAUGGGCAAAAUUCAGCUUUUUUUACCCUUUUUUUUUUUCAAAAUUUUGGAAGAUGUCUAAAUUUAUGACAUGAUUGCAUGAUGAAACAGAUGGUUUGAAGCCAUGUCCCAAGGAAUAUAGAUAUAUGAUAUGCUAUCUUCUUUUUCUGGAAAAUUUGUCAGAAAUCUGCAAAUGAAGUCAAUUUCAAACAAUUUAACUUAUAUUUGACAUUGUUCUUGCUGCCAACUUUAGCUACAAAAAGCUAGAUUGUGUCACUUCAUUGUCCUUGCUUUUGUGAAACUGUUAUAUUUGCUACUUUUUUUCUAUUUGUUGCAUAACCAUUACAAAGAAAACUUCACACAACCUCUUUUGUGCAGUAUGUGAAGCUGCAACACAAAUCUCUUUCUGAACAGACCAGUCACUUAAACAUAAUGCUAAAAGAAAGAAGGUACACACGUUGUGAGGGUAAAUCUUUUUGUUUAUGGUUAGGUUAAUAAUUCUUCAUAUGACUGGAAGAUUUAGUUAUGUUUGAAUUUGACCAAAACAUUCACCCUGUGGUAUAGUUUUUUAGGGUAUAGAGUAUAGUUUUUUUAUACACAGCAUUUCUUGAUAAAAUGAAAACAAAACUAGAUAUUUUCCCUAGAAAUGUUACCCUCCCCAUCUUAUUUUCUUUUUGUAAAUGUCAGUGCUAUUUCCAAUUAGAAAAAACCUUCUUGUUUAAAUAAAAAUCUAUUUUAAAUCUAAAUCCGCUAUGGCGAGGAAACAUUGAAUAUCCAUCAACAAUGAUGAUGUAUAGUCAUAUUUAAUUAAAUAAUUAUUUCUGUUAAUUACUAUGAUCUUCUGCUUACAGAUGAUAAAAACACAGCAUUUAAGAUUAGAAUAUUACAUCGGACCUCUAAAAAAGAUCUUUAAUAUAGAAUUUUUUUUUUUUUUUUAAGUUUUUAAUCUCAUGAGCCUCAUUGGCACACAUAUUCUAAUUCAUUGAAUAUGACUGUAUAUUUUAUUCCACAAAUAUUCCCCAAUUCAUUCUUCAUUCAUUCAUUCAUUCAUUCAUAUGUCAUCUGUUCCUAAAAUUGAGCGACAAACAAGUGGAAUCCAUCUAUUCUUUAUUCUCCUUUUAUUUUAAAUAACCUAAGCUCCAUGUUCACUCACACCUUGGUAAAAAUGUGUACACCUUAAAUAAAUUGUUAGAAACGUGGUGACUGCCAUGUUUGGUCAAGCAGUGAUUUUCUUAAAACAAUUACUAGCUUGUAAAAAUUCCCACACAUCUGCCAUUUUGAAGAGUGACUUAAGAGAAUCUGUGUUCCACUUCAUAUUUAUAUCCCAGAAAAAUAGGAAGUCAAAGGUAAUUUUUAAGGAUGUCAAUAAUUUUGGUGCUGUUGUUUUCUUAAAAAAGACAAACAUUUCUUAGCAUGGGAUUUUUUUACCUUCAGGUUAAAUGUUACUUAAAUUAAAGAUUUGAAUUUUUCAAAAUGUUUUAAUAUGAGAUUGUGCCGCAUUACUAAUAUUUAUUUAUUUAUUUUAAGGUUUUUCCCACAUCUUUACAAAGUGUGUGUGAAGGGAACUGUUUGCUAAAUACCUGAAAGAGUCACCAGACAAGCAAAUUGAGUGAACAGUGGCACCAGGUUAUUUUACUGUCAUCUCUGGAUUGAGUUCAUUCCAUCUAACAUGGCCCUUCUUCCAGCCUUUGUGUAAGCUAUCUAUUUUUAGGUUGCAUUAACAUUUGAUUUUUAUCCAUUUAUUUUAAGAAAAACAAAAACCCGGGUGGUUGAUUGAACAGCACUCAGUGAGUAAAGACUUAGACCCUUACAUCCACUGUGUUUAUUCCCAUGUUCUUUUCUCUCUCAGUUGUAAUUCAAGCAGUCUGAAUAAUGGAUGACGAAGAGAGAAAUUUUCCUAACCGCCCACCCCCCUUCACCCUCUUUGCUUACGUUACACAAGGACACGGAUGGCUGAAAAUAGCGCUGCUGUCCUCAUGUGAUGUGAAAUUAAAAGCACACUGGAGCGGAGACACUUGCUGCUGGGGAAAGAAAAACACUUGUUCUACUCCAUCUGACAAUCCCUCCAUCCAGCCUGCAACACCAACCCCAUCUGUCUGUGCAAGGGUACUUUUCACUACGGCAAGCUUUUUGAAAUAUGAUUAUGUACAUGUGAUUGUAAUAAAGAGAUUUUAAUUAGCUA